CUCCUUCCAGCAGGAGAUAUAGGAGCCGUCUGACUAGCAGGGCAGUCUAUGAGAGCCGGGUCUUUAACAGUGCAUGUGGCUGGCUCUCUCUGUCUCAACACACUCUGACACACACAUACACACACACCCAUACAUCUGCAUUCCCCUUCACAUUAACAAACGCUAACACACAUAGAGAUACCCAUACUUAGAAACACGCACACAAAUACACACACAGACACACACACACACACACACACAUUAGUACUGUAUAUAUAGUUCGAUAGACACUGGUAAACUUAUGGAGUACAACUGCUUCAUCGUGUUUUGGAUCUGCCUUCAGCUGCUAGGAUUCCAUGACUGCUUCAACAUUGACAUAAAAAACUACAGGAUCAUCAAAGGUCCAAAGCAGGCCCUGUUUGGAUACACUGUCCAGCAGCACACAUCUGCCGGAGGAGAGAAAUGGUUAUUAGUCGGGGCUCCCAAUGAAAUGAAUGGACCGUACCAGACAGGGGAUAUUUACAAGUGUCCACUGAGCAAGAAAAACAAUGGAAACAGCUGUUCCAAGCUAAACCUAGGAAGGAUAUCUCUGACCAAUGUUUCGGAGCGGAAGGACAAGAUGAGACUGGGCAUGACCCUCACGUCCAACCCCAACGACAACAGCUUUGUGGCUUGUGGGCCUUUGUGGUCCUACGAGUGUGGCAGCUCCUACUACAGCACUGGGAUCUGCUCCAGAGUGAACUCAAGCUUUAAGUUCUCCAGAACCAUUGCUCCAGCCUUUCAAAGAUGUGAAACCUUCAUGGACAUCAUGAUCGUUCUGGACGGCUCCAACUCCAUCUACCCAUGGUAUGAAGUGCAGGCCUUUCUCAUCAACAUCCUGCAGAAGUUUUACAUCGGACCGGGACAAAUUCAGGUUGGAGUUGUUCAGUAUGGGGAAAAGGUGGUGCAUGAGUUCCAUCUGAGCGACUACCAGUCUGUGGAGGAGGUGGUGAAGAGGGCGCGCAGGAUUGAGCAACGUGGAGGAGAGGAGACUAACACAGCUCUCGGCAUUAAAAUUGCGCGCUCGGAAGGAUUCAAACAAGGCGGCCGUCGGGGGGCAAAGAAGGUGAUGAUCGUGAUAACAGACGGGGAGUCUCAUGACAGCCCGGACCUCCAGCAGGUCAUCGAGGACUGCGAGAAGGACGGCAUCACUCGCUACGCAAUUGCCGUUCUUGGCUACUACAACCGUCGGGGAAUCAAUCCUGAAGCCUUUCUCAAUGAAAUCAAAUACAUUGCUAGUGACCCGGACGACAAACAUUUCUUUAACGUGACGGAUGAGUCGGCCUUAAAGGACAUCGUGGAUGCUCUUGGAGAACGCAUCUUCAGUUUAGAAGGAACCAGUAAAAAUGGGACAGCGUUUGGUCUCCAGAUGUCCCAGGCUGGCUUCUCCUCUCACAACGUAGAGGACGGCGUCUUGGUGGGAGCUGUGGGGGCUUACGACUGGAACGGAGCCGUGCUUAAGGAGACCCGGCAAGGGAAGGUGAUCCCCCCCAAGUCCUCCUACGCUCAGGAGUUCCCUGAGGAGCUGAAGAACCACGGGGCCUACCUCGGUUAUGCAGUAACAUCUGUGGUUUCGGCCAGAAGUGGUCGUCUGCUUGUUGCUGGAGCCCCACGCUUCAACCACACUGGCAAAGUCAUCAUCUUCACCCUGAAGAACACCGGAAACCUCACCAUUCUGCAUUCACUCAAAGGCCAGCAGAUCGGCUCCUACUAUGGCAGUGUGAUAGCCCCUCUGGAUAUAGACGGAGACGGAGUCACAGACAAUCUCCUGGUGGCGGCGCCCAUGUUUUUCAGUGGAGGAAUGGAGAAGGGCAAGGUCUACAUCUACAGAGUCACAGAGCUGAACCGGUUCAUCCUUGAGGGUGCGCUGGAGAUCCACAACGGUGGACAGAAUGCUCGCUUUGGCUCAUCGCUGGCCCCUGUCCCUGACCUCAACGGGGACGGAUUCAAUGACCUGGUGGUGGGAGCCCCCCUAGAGGACGACCACAAGGGGGCCAUCUAUCUCUUCUUCAGCCAGCAGAAUCGCAUCCUUCGCAAAUACAAACAGAGGAUAGCGGCUGCUGACCUGGCAGCCGGCCUGCGCUACUUUGGCCAGAACAUCCACGGGAGGAUGGACAUGAACGAGGACGGGCUGGUGGACCUGGCCGUGGGCUCCUAUGGUGCUGCCAUUCUUCUCUGGUCACGCAGCGUGGUGAGGAUCAAUGCCAACAUCAGGUUCGAGCCCAACAAGGUGAACAUCUUCGUGAAGGACUGCCAGAGAGGUGGCAAAGAUGUGACCUGCAUGUCGGCCAUUGUUUGUCUCAAUGUCACCGGCAGAACGGCCUUAAAUCCCACGCAGGAAAUCGCGAUCAAAUACAACGUCUCUAUUGCGGAGCGUCGUUUCAACCCCCGCGCCAUUAUGGACAGCCUGGAAAAGCUGCAACCUCAGAACCUGACCCUGCUUCCUGGGAAAGAGACCUGUGAACACAUCUACUUCCAUGUGUUGGAGACUACUGACUAUGUACGGCCUAUAGUCUUUGCUGUACAAGUGGGGAUGCAAGAUCUAGACCAAGGCCCUAUCCUAGAUGACACUUGGCCAACUGUUUCAAAGACUGAGCUUCCUUUCUGGAAUGGCUGUGAUGAGGAUGAUCGGUGUAUACCUGACCUGGCACUGCAGAGCGUCACGGAUCUGAUCACUCCCAGGAAGUUCUGCGAGCAGCCGCUGCCCUCCAGUGGCGCCUACUGCCGGCGCCUGGCUGGCGGCGGCGCCGACCCAGCGGUCAGGGUGAUGGAGGUCCAGCGGCGGAGGGUGGUGGUCGACGUGCGUCUGGACAAUAAAGGGGAGAACGCCUAUGGGGCUCGCCUCAACAUCUCCUACACACACAACCUGCGCUUCUCCAGCCUCAUCGUCAAGGACAAAACGGACAUUCGUGUGGAGUGCCACAACGAGGCUCGGCUGAAGAACGUCAGGCUCUGCAAUGUCAGUGCACCGUUCAUGAGAGCCAAGACCCAGGUGACAUUUCGACUGGAGUUUGAGUUCAGUCGCUCCAUCUUCCUGGAUCAUGUGAGAAUCAGCCUCCAGGCCUCCAGUGAUGGAGAGGAGAUGAGCUUGUCUGACAACCUCAAUGACAUUCAUUACUCGCUGAAAUACCAGACAGACCUUCUGUUCACCAGGGAUUCUUAUCCGAGGCGCUAUGACAUCAAGUCAGACCUGUCUCUCGAGGAGCCUGGAGUUGUUGGUCCGCCAUUCAACUUCACUUUCCAGAUCCAGAACUUAGGCUUUUUCCCAGUCAGAGAUCUGCAGCUCAACAUCGAAAUCCCGGAAAUGACCAAGAAUGGAAACCAGCUCCUACGUGUUGCCGACUUCUACAUUGACCAGACAGACGGGACCCAGUGUGUUCCCCCCCAGCACGUCGCCCAGAGCCGCGCCUCCCCGGAGGACCUGUCCCGCUUUACACGUCUGCAGAACCAGUCCAACACCCUGAUUCUGCCCAUCCAGUGCACCGUCCACUUGGACACCUGCCGACAGGUGGAUGUGAAGAUCUCCGGGGUGCUGCGGAUAGACACGCUACAUGCGCUGCAGUUCAAAAUCCUGGAGCUUGUGACGAGUGCAUCCGUUGUGCUGGACUCAACCAGCCCGCUGUUUCUACAUGAGGACAGACCACUCAGACAUAUCGUGUUGGAGAUCAGGAAGGAGGGAGAUUACAGAAUCUCCAUCUGGAUCAUCAUAGGAAGCACUUUGGGGGGCCUGCUACUGUUAGCCCUGCUCAGCCUUGCAUUAUGGAAGCUGGGCUUCUUCCAGAGACGGAAAAGGAAAGACGAGGACCAGCACCCGGUGAACGGCAAGGUGGCGGAAGAGCGAUAGCGUACGCUAGCCUCCCUCCCCCUCUUACCCCCGCAGGACACCCCUAUCACAGGGGACCCAAAACUCAGGGACCACAGUCUCCCCUCCCCCUCCAGGCCCCCGCAACGAUCCCAGGACAGGGGCACGCGACUCCGCAUGGGCAAGAUGCACUGGACCCGUCCCGAGCCGAUCAGCCCCGCCUUGAGACACCCAUGAGUACGCACUGUGGCGUGUUUACCCAGCGUUUCUGCACUGUGACACUGCCUAGUGGGGUCUAGUCCCUGGAGCCUGGGUGGCCGGCCACCAUGUUUCUCCCUCAGUAGAGCUUCAGGGCUCUUUGGUUAUCAAGUGGCCAGCACCCGGAGCUCUGAGUACAGGAUUAGUUUGGUUGGUCGGUGAGUUUGGUCGAUUUUGGGAGCUUGAGAAUCUGCUGCAUUGCGGAAAGCUCAGUUUCCAAUCCUGUUUUGUAUUUUACAAAUGUGUAUUUAUUCACCGUCUUUAUGGAUACGUGCGAGAACCUCAAGGGUGUUGGGCCACCCGAAUGGUACCAUAAAGUGUUAAGCCAUUGUACUGUAUUUGGCCACGUAAUUGGAAGUUCAAAAGCGCUUUUGAGGCAUUAAACUGGUAAGCCACCUCAUUAUUUAUGAAAGAUAUCUAAAUGUCCAAUCUUAAAGAGGCCUUUGUAAGAUAAUUCCUAUGGCGUGUGUGCUUGAGAAGAUCUUGCAUAAACAGUCUGCAGCCUAUCACAUCUUGCGAAAAACAUUUUCUCCUGGCCUGCGUCCUUCCUUAAAUAUUGUCUUGGGAACACACAGUGUAAUUAUCUUUUUUCCAUUUCUGAUGCACUUUUAUGUAAUAUAUAGAGAUUAACUUGAAUUUUGUAAAUAGUCAAGUUCUUUUAUACUUUAUCACAUACAAUGUUUUUUUCUAAGUAUUGUAUUCCCACCACAAGCAGGUUGAGGGAGCGGGUGUCAAUCAACACGUCUCAGAGUGGAACAAAUAGCCUUCAUCGAAAGGUGCAUGCGUCAAGUCUACCACAAAGUCCACAGAUGUGGGAAUGAAUAACAAUUGAAGUAAAUAGAAUGAGUGCCCAGGUGCCAACUAGAGGUUGCAUCACUUUGCAACCAUUGUGUAGACUUAAUGCUGCAUAGCUGUGUAAUGUUGCUGAUCUCCACAUCCUGGUUUCACCCAAUUAAAAUGUCAUUGGCCUCUGUGAUGAACCAGGAAACGGGAGAUAAUACACCUAGAGAAUAGAGCCUUUAAUGUGCUCUAAUGUCUUUGGGUGGGAAGUCGAUCUGGUCUGGGAUUCUAUUUGGUUUGCUGUUGCCAUAGAAUGUAAAGUAGAAUCAUUUCAACAACUGUUUGAAGUGCCAAGAGUUUGAAGGGGAAGGGUGUGUGUAUAAACACAACAUUGUUAAGAUAAUGAGACUCAUGAAAUAAAGUUUUAUUUGCCAAAUGUUUAUAUUUAUGUUUAUGUUCUGCAUAUAUGUAUUGUUAGAAAUAACUGCUGAAUAAAAAUAAAGCUGUCCAAUCAAAUCAG